ACCUCCUCCACAUUUCUCCUAUACAGGCUCUAAAGAUGCGUGGUAUCUUUGCUAUCUGUGCGCUGCUGCUGGCUGCAGCCUGGGCAGACCACCACGGAGACCACCACGGACACCACCACCACCACCACCCAGAUGAAGAAAUGAGCUGCCAUAUGCUAUCCCCUCCCAAUGCUGACUUUGGCUUCGCUCUCUACAAACAUCUGGAUGCCAAAGCUGCUGCUGGAAAGAACAUCUUCUUCUCACCACUCGGCAUCUCCACUGCCCUGUCCAUGCUGUCUUCAGGGGCUCGUGGUGAAACCCACAAACAGCUGUUCUCCACUUUGGGCUACAGCACCUUCGAACAGAAUCAGGUCGACGACGCAUACAAGCAUCUUUUCCACAUGCUUAGCCACAGCCAGGCGAAUCAGCAGCUGGAUGUCGGCAACGGCAUUGCUCUGCGUAAUCUAUUCAGUCCUCUGGCCAAGUUCUUAGCAGAUGUCAAAGAGCACUACUCUGGCGAUAUCUUCAACGUUGACUUCACCAAACCCUCUGAGGCUGCAGAUCAUAUCAACAGAUUCAUUGCCGGUAAAACCCAGGACAAGAUCACAGAUCAGGUGAAGGACCUGGACGCUGAUAUGGCCAUGGUACUGAUCAACUAUGUCUACUUCAGAGGAGAGUGGGAGAAACCCUUCGAUGGUAAUCACACACACAAGGCAGAGUUCAGUGUGGACGAGAACACCAAGGUUCAGGUGGACAUGAUGAGGAGGACUGGCCGCUACGACUUCUACGAGGACCCCGACAACUUCACCACAGUCAUCAUGCUGCCUUACAAGAGCAACACCUCCAUGAUGAUCGUGCUGCCUGAUGAAGGCAAGAUGAAGGCGGUAGAGGGAUCCAUCAACAAGGACCACAUCAGGCACUGGCAUGACUCACUGUACAGGAGUUCUGUGGAGCUGUCCCUGCCGAAAUUUUCCAUCUCAGCUAAGGCCUCCCUGGAUGACACCCUGAGAGAAAUGGGCGUGACUGACGUUUUUGGAGACAAUGCUGACCUAUCCGGCAUAUCUGAUGAGAUCAAGCUCAAAGUUUCAAAGGUGUCCCACCAGGCCGUGCUGAGCGUGGAUGAGAAAGGAACAGAGGCAGCAGCCGUAACCACUCUCGAGGUCAUGCCCAUGAGUAUGCCUGAAUCCAUGACACUCAAUAGACCCUUCUUAGUCUUCAUCCUGGAGCACUCCACCAGGAGUAUCCUCUUUAUGGGCAAGAUCAGCGACCCCACAGCCAAAUAAAGGGACCUGUUAGGAGAACGGGUGUUAGAUUUGUUAUAUUUUCACACAGCAGUAGGGUUUAGUAGCUUUGGGACUUGAGCUCAUUUUUACUUCAGCAUUUGGCAGCCCUGUGGAGAUGUCACAGUGAUAUUAAGAGCAUUGGGGAAAUGAUGAAUAGAGGAUAGUUUGAUGAAUAAGACAACAGAUCUAUCACCAAGUAACAGAAAUGUUCGUCUAUUAAUCUUCUUGCAUUCCUUCAGCAUGACGCAUUUAUUACCAUCAGUCAUCUGAAACUGGCGAGGUGUCUAAAUGGCUACAUACUACAUCACUGUAUAUUGUAUCCAGCUGUCUGUUGUAUAUGAUAAGAUUAAUAAAAAUGUGUCACUUUAAACAUCUGUUAACACACUGAACCAACGGUGGUGUACUAUUGCUGUUUCAGUAAGAAAUUAAAUAAAGGCUUGUCAUGAAUAACUGGAA